AUGGCCGAAACGGUGCCUGAUACUCCGACGAGGACGAAGCAGCCUGAACCAGGCACCCCCGAAGAUGAGGGUGACUAUGAGACUAUCGCCACCUUGCCGGCGCAAACAACCACACCCUCCCAACGAUUGACCCAGGCAACACAGCUGGUUGACUUACCGUAUUACCGAGCAAACAAUUCAACCGUCCAAGUUGCUGCCUCCUCGCCCAUCGCCUCUGCAUCAUCUCCACCCCAACAGCGUCCACGGGGUGGGCUUUUAAGCUCGCUCAUGGCCCCUUCCGGCACUUCAUAUCGUCCUCCUGUAACCAUCGUUCGACCUACAAAACGAACGCCAACCUUCAACAUGGAUGACGGUCCUACUUACCGAGGCGGGUCUUCGGAUGAUGAUGAGAACCGCAUUGACAUCAAGCCUGUGAUGUUUGAGAAGACGAGUCGAAGCCCCGAGAAGGUGGCCGAAUCACCUGUACGCAAUGGGACUGGCUCCAUGGAUCGCUUCAAGCAGAUCACCUCUUCCGCCAUUUACGAUCCCACCACCACAAGCAACAAGCGCUCUGCCGAUCAAAUGAGCUCAUCUCAGGCUCCUCGAGGCGUCGCUGUCAAGAAAAUCCGCCAAACAGGUCCUUCUGCUGCUCGGCCUGUGAAUGCUCAGAUCUCGACUGUGCUGGACAUUGCCGAUUUCCGAGUGAGAGUCAAGGUCGAACGGAUUCUUAAGGUCAUGCCAACAAAGUCGGUACAGGAAUGCGCGGACGCUCUCAUGUCGGCCAACGGGAAUUAUGAUCUCGCUCUCGACUUGCUUGCCAAUGAGUCCAGCAAGGUGAACUCGAACGGCACCCGACCUUCUGUCAUUGAAAUUGACUCCUCUGAGGAUGAACUGAACGCUCAGCCGGCUCGCGGCGGGGUCCAUAUCGCCAAGCAGAAGAUCAAGGCCCGCGGGACCAUCCAAGAUAAAUGGGCCACCGCCAAAGGAUCCAUCAGCUCUCUGAGGGAAGACGAAGGCAAGGCACGUGGCCGUCUUGUGCGAGGCCCCAGAGACCGUGAAGCCGCAGCAUCGACAGACGCUAUCACGCUUGAUUCCGAUGACUCCCCGCCCAAGAAGAAAGUUGGGCGGCUACAGAAAGGCUCUCGCCGUGCUCCCUCUCUCACUCCAGAGGCCAUUCUCUCGGACUCCGAGGAUUCUGACGUCGUUGAGGAUGAUGCAAACACUGGCGAUCUGGAGCAAAAGGUCUUGCGCUUCUUCAACACUUGCAAGCCUCAUGACCUCGCCGACAUUGCUGCAGUCCCCGAGGAGACUGCCAAGCUCAUCACCUCUCAACAACCGUUCCGCAGUCUGGACGAAGUGCGCGAGGUCACUGCUCCAAUCGACGAGAGUGCAAAAUCCAAGGGUAAAGGCAAGGGCCGCAAGGCUCCCAAACCCAUUGGAGACAGGAUUGUCGACAAGUGCUUGGAAAUGUGGACCGGCUACAUGGCGAUCGACGCACUCGUGGCGGAAUGCGAAGCCUUGGGUAAACCUGUCGCGGAGGAGAUGAAGAAGUGGGGAGUGGACAUCUUUGGAAAGCGUGGUGAUGCUGAGCUUGAUCUCGCUGCGCUGGGUGGCCCCCACGACUCGGGUAUCGCAACGCCAUCUUCAAGUCACCCGUCACCAAAUGGUGAAAAUUCCGAGGAUGAGAUCAAACCAGUUGUCAAGGCAAGAAAGCCUCACUCUGUUGGUCAGUCUGGCUUCAUCUCACAGCCUGCGAUCAUGGCCAAGAAUUUGGUCAUGAAAGACUACCAGAUUGUCGGGCUCAAUUGGCUGGCUCUUCUGUUCGAGAAGAAAAUGAGCUGCAUUCUUGCAGACGACAUGGGUCUCGGAAAGACCUGUCAGGUCAUCUCCUUCUUGUCGCAUCUCUACGAGAAGGGGGUCAAGGGGCCUCACUUGGUUGUCGUUCCUUCCUCGACCAUUGAGAAUUGGCUCCGUGAGUUUAGCAAUUUCUCCCCGCAGCUUCAGGUUCGGCCUUACUAUGCCAACCAGAACGAGCGCGCGUACAUUCGCGAGCAGCUCGAAAACGACCGGGAUGAGAUCAACGUGGUCGUGACUACCUACACGAUCGCGAAGGCCAAAGUCGACGCCAAAUUCCUCCGCGAUAUGGGUUUCUGUGUCUGCGUCUUCGACGAAGGCCACAUGCUGAAGAACUCGCAGUCCCUCCUGUACGAGAAGCUCAUCCGGAUCAAUGCAAAGUUCCGUCUCCUCCUCACGGGUACUCCUCUGCAGAAUAAUCUGCAAGAGCUGGCGUCUCUGCUCGGGUUCAUCCUGCCCGCAGUGUUCAAGGAUCAUAAGGACGACUUGCAGGCUGUCUUCGCCAACAAGGCAAAGACCUCCGACGAAUCGCACGCCGCUCUAUUAUCAGCACAGCGGAUUGAGCGUGCAAAGUCCAUGCUGAAGCCUUUCGUCUUGCGCCGCAAGAAGUAUCAGGUCAUUGACCUGCCGGCCAAGCAUUCGUUCGUCGAAUACUGUGAGAUGAAGUCCUCGCAGCGAGACAUCUACGACCACGAGAAGGCACAGGUUCGACAGCUCCUGGAGGAUCGCGCUGCUGGCAAGAAGACUGGCUCAAAAUCUGCAAACAUUCUGAUGAAGCUCCGCCAGGCCGCGAUUCACCCCCUUCUGGCUCGGCGUCAUUAUACAGACGCAAUUCUCAAGAAGAUGGCCAAGAGCUGUUUGAAGGAAGAAAAGUGGGCAGCCUCGGACCCGGCCAUCAUUGAGGAGGAGUUGCAGGCUUACAACGACUUCGAAUGUCACCACAUGUGCCUCGAGAAUCCCCAUUCGUUGGGUAAAUACAAGCUCAAGAACGAGGAGUGGAUGGACUCGGGCAAGGUUGAGAAGCUUCGCGAGCUGCUCACGCGUUUCAUUGCCAACGGCGACCGCACCUUAAUAUUCUCGCAAUUCACGAUGGUCAUGGACAUCCUCGAGAAUGUGCUCGAAACCCUUGAGAUCGAGUUUGUCCGUUUGGACGGCCGCACCAAUGUCGAAGACCGGCAGUCAAUCCUCGAUGCUUUCCACGAGCGGGUUGAAAUCCCAGUCUUCCUUCUCUCGACCAAGGCCGGUGGUGCUGGUAUCAAUUUAGCUUGCGCCAACAAGGUCGUCAUCUUCGAUUCGUCUUUCAACCCUCAGGAGGAUGUCCAGGCCGAGAAUCGCGCCCACCGCGUUGGCCAGACUCGCGACGUCGAAGUGUUCCGAUUCGUUACCCGCGAUACCAUCGAAGAGCAAAUCUACGCUCUUGGUCAGACUAAGCUCGCUUUAGACCAGGCCGUCGCGGGUGACGAUGACGCUGCGGCGUCCAAGAAAAACGAAGAAGUUGGCAUGAAGGCCGUCGAGAACAUGGUCCUUGCAGACAUGGAAAAGAAGGACGCCGAGCAGAAUCAGUCCACGGCCGACUAG